GCUCAGUGUCGUCUCUCUUUUCUCUCUGUUUGAAACCACAAAUCAAGUUAUGUGGUCGACAUUCCAUCUUCCACCUUCGUAUUCCGCUCUCUAAUUUUGGUCUUUCUUUCGAACGCCCACCAUUCUUUUCUCCUUUCCUCAAAUCCUGUUAAAUCCCAAAAGAAAAGAACAAGAGAGAGACUUUCCUCGUGAAUUAUCCACUCGAAAAUUAUCAGUUUAAAAAAAUUAUUUUGGUUUAUACUUAAAAGACAUUCCGGUUGAGACAUGAGAGUUUGUUAACGUCAGAUGCAGCAAUAGCAACACCAUGAACGCAACUGCAGCAGCUACAACCACUGCCACUGCCAGUUUCAGCAACACCAAUACAUACUUUUACCAUGAUAACCACAAGAGACCCUCAUCCCAUUUUCUUGGUAACAUCUCUCUCCCGAAAUCCAGUUCCUGCUACUUCAUCAACACCAGGUCCAGCAGCAGCAUCUGUGCUCAAAACAACCACCGUGGCUAUCAGUUCCUAGUCCCCAGAGCCACUGCCUCUCCUACUGGCAAGGACAACAAGAACAGAACCAAAACCAAGGAUGACAAAGUUGUUCCCUCUUCUGCCAAGGAUGAUAAUAUGAAUGUUGAUGAGACUCAAACCAAACAGAAACAACAGCAGCAGCAGCAGCCUUCCGUUUCAUUAAGUUUGGAUGAUGUGAACCCGGUAGGAUUGGGGCGGAAAUCGCGUCAGUUGUUUGAUGAGGUGUGGAGGAAGUUCUCGGGAUUGGGGCAGAUCUCAAGGACAACUCGAGCUGAUGACAGGGAAUCCCUGGAUGCCCUCCUCAUCAGGGAGGGGCCCAUGUGUGAGUUCGCCAUUCCUGGAGCUCAGAAUACCACUGUGCUCGUUGUCGGAGCCACCAGCCGGAUUGGUCGUAUUGUUGUCCGCAAGCUCAUGCUCAGAGGUUACACUGUCAAGGCUUUAGUGAGGAAGGCUGAUGAGGAAGUGGUCAGCAUGCUUCCUAGGUCAGUAGAAGUGGUGAUUGGGGAUGUAGGUGAUCCUGAGACACUCAAGUCUGUGGUGGAAGGUUGUAACAAAAUAAUCUAUUGUGCAACUGCUCGUUCUACCAUCACAGGGGAUCUCUUCAGAGUUGAUCACCGAGGAGUAUAUAACCUCACCAAAGCAUUUCAGGACUACAACAAUAAACUAGCACAACUGCGAGCAGGGAAGAGCAGCAAAAGCAAGCUUCUUCUUGCAAAGUUUAAAUCUGCUGAUUCAUUGAAUGGGUGGGAAGCUCGUCAGGGAACGUAUUUCCAGGAUGUAGUUGCUUCAAAGUAUGAUGCAGGAAUGGAUGCUAAAUUUGAGUACACUGAGACUGGAGAAGCCGUCUUCUCAGGAUACGUUUUUACCAGAGGAGGGUAUGUUGAACUUUCAAAAAGGCUUUCACUUCCUUUGGGUCGCACUCUUGACAGGUAUGAGGGCCUUGUUCUCUCUGUUGGUGGAAAUGGAAGAUCUUAUAUUUUAAUUCUUGAAGCUGGUCCUUCAGCAGACACAACCCAAAGCAAAUUGUAUUUUGCAAGAUUUACCACGAAAGUAGGAUUUUGUAGGGCAAGAGUACCAUUUUCAUCCUUCCGCCCAGUGAAACCAGAUGAUCCCCCGCUAGACCCAUUUCUUGUACAUACGUUGACUAUUCGAUUUGAGCCUAGAAGACAGAGACUUGAAGGACCUACAGCAGUAAAGCAAGACCUUAGAAGCUUUAAGCUUAAAUUAGAAUAUAUAAAAGCCUUUCCGACUGGGCAAGAAACAGACUUUGUCCUAGUUUCAUGCACAGGAUUAGGAAUAGAAUCUACCAGAAGGGAGCAAGUUCUUAAAGCUAAGAGGGCUGGAGAAGAGUCAUUGAAAAUAUCUGGCCUUGGAUAUACAAUUAUUCGUCCUGGUCCCCUAAAGGAGGAGCCUGGUGGUCAACGUGCACUCAUAUUCGAUCAAGGAAACAGAAUUUCUCAGGGCAUCAGCUGUGCUGAUGUGGCUGAUAUAUGUGUGAAGGCACUGCACGAUUCAACUGCAAGAAACAAGAGCUUCGAUGUAUGUUAUGAAUAUGUUGCUGAGCAAGGGAGGGAGCUCUAUGAACUGGUAGCGCAUUUGCCCGACAAAGCAAAUAACUAUUUGACACCAGCACUAUCCGUUUUAGAGAAGAACACUUGAUCAUCCUUUUAGUCCCCUUUGUUUGAUGCUUUUUUCCUCAAUAUAGUUGUCUUUGUAACGUUCUCAAAGAAGCAUAUCUUUUUAUCUUUUCUGAUCAACUAUAUAUACAACUAUCCUACUGUAGAUCAUGUAUGUAUUCUUUUUGUAAAUCUAUUUGUACAAGUACAAUAUUGUAAAUGGCCAGGAACACCUGAAUAUUCUCCA